CGUACUAACAAAUUUUUUCGGUAUUUUGUGGUGCUAGACGAGCAAUUUUAAUAAACAAAUGACUGCCUUCAUGACGUUCAUAGUUCAUACAUUACAUAGUGAUAACGCAUCAUCAUUGGUCUGUCAAGUCUUUUUAUAACAGGGGAAUCCCAGGCUAGCAUAGCCGUCAGCCAAUCAGUAUGUAGUUACGUUAAGGCUUACAGCUGAUACAGUUCUUGUGAAAUGUUUUGUACCAAUGUAGACGUCGCGCGAUGAGUUAGGAGUUAGUCAAGUUAGUGUUUAUUGGCUGAACUGCAGUUUAAAUACGUUUUGUGAUAAAUAUCUAUGUGAAUUGACAUCAAGAUGCCGAAAAUAAUGAAGAAAAGUAAUGCCUGGAAUUUUUUUAUUAAGACUGAAAAUGGCGGUAAAUGCAAAUUGUGCCUCAAAGAGUUUAAGUCGUCUGGCAACACCACCAAUCUGUUAAACCAUUUGAAAAGAGCUCACAAAAAUGUGGUUCCAGUUCCUUGUGCGAAGUCUAGUGUUGCUGUCCCCAGCAGUUCUACUGUUACCCUAAAUAAGAAUGACACGACAUCUUCGAGCUCGAAGCAGGAACAGGAGUGUACUGACACAGACACAGAUUCAGCCCAUGCAGACACUCUUUCAGAAGUUUCUACUAAAUCUCAAUGUAAUUUUUUACCUGAAGCUCCAGGGAGUAGUAGUAUUAGUAAUAUUAAUAUUAGUAAUAGUUCUAGUUCUGCGUCUUUUGCCAAAACUCAUAAAAGGCAAAAAAGAAUCGACGAAUCGUUUUUAGACUUAGUGUCACUUUCAGAGGGUGGUGAUAAAUUUAAUAAAAUAACAAAUGCGCUGAUUUUUAUGAUCGCUAAAGAUAAUAUGUCAAUUAAUACGACAGAAAAAAUAGGUUUUCAGUAUUUUUUAAAGACUGUCGCUCCUCAUUAUAAUAUUCCUGGAAGGACCAAAAUUUCGGGUUUAAUUGAUGAAAAAUACAAAUGUUUGUCCACACUUAUGAAAAACAAAAUAAAUGUUGUUAGAUAUUUUAGUGUGACAUCAGAUGUAUGGACAGAUACAUUAAAUACUCGCAGUUUUAUGGGAGUAACUCUCCAUUUUAUUGAGGAAACAAAAUUAGUUGAUUUAACUAUUGCGUUGGAAGAACUCUCUGACAGACAUACGGGGGAAUAUUUAUCUGAACGACUUAACUCUAUUUUUAAUUCCUGGAAUAUACCUCUUGAGAAAAUUUCGGCUAUUAUUACUGAUAACGGAGCAAAUAUAGUGAACGCAGUGCACCGGUUACUGGAAAAGCGUAAGCAUUUGCCAUGCUUUUCUCAUACGCUUAAUCUUGUAUCUCAAAAAAUAUGCACAUCAGAUAAUAUUGCACCAGUUAUACUAAAGGUAAAAGAAAUAGUAACUUUUUUCAAACAUAGUGUCUUGGCAUCUGAUCAAUUACGAAAUAUAAGUAACCUCAAACUAUUGCAGUCGGUUCCAACCAGGUGGAACUCGACCUUGUUUAUGCUGAAAAGAUUUAUAGAAAUAUCUGAUUCUAUCAGUACUAUUUUAUUAAAACAUAAGAAUUCCCCAGCCAUGGUAAACGCGGAAGAUAUCCAAAUAAUAAACGAAGUAAUUGCAGUUCUGCAACCAAUAGAAGCAGUAUCUACAGAGAUAUGUGGGGAUCAUUACAUUACUAUCAGCAUGGUGAUCCCGAUGGUUAAUUGUUUGGAAAAAAAACUUUUAAGUCUACAACCUGAAACAGAUACGGGAAAAGAAUUUAAGAGGAUCACAGUUACUGAAAUAUCUAAAAGAUUUGGCGAUGUGGAAGCAAAUGCACUGUUAGGGAUUUCAACUCUGUUAGAUCCCAGAUUUAAGAGACUGCAUUUCCAAAAACCAUUAUUAUUGGCUCAAUGGAUAAAUCGCAUUAAACAUUUAUUGGCAGAAAAUACUUUUACGAAGUCCGAGCACUCAGAACCUGAACCUGUUAGUCCUAUUACAACAAAAAAUACUUCUGAAAAUGUUAAAGAUAUAGAUAAUAUCUGGACUUUGCAUGAUCAGCUAGUCCAACAAAAUAUACAGCAAGGGGAAGGGGCCGAAAGUAGCUUCGUCAAUGAACUGCAACAAUAUUUAAAACAGCCGAUUAUUCCAAGAACAUCAGAUCCGUUAGAGUUUUGGAAAACUCAUAAAUGUAUCUACCCAAAAUUGACGGCAACCGCCUUAGAACAUUUUUCAAUAGUAGCGACGUCAGUGCCGUCAGAGCGCCUCUUUUCUAGGGCUGGAAAUAUUUUAGAUCCAUCUCGUAAUAAACUGUCAAGCAAGCGAUUUUCCCAUAUUCUUUUUUUAAACUCCCUAGAUAUUAGUCAUUGGAAUUUAUAAAAAGAUAAUUAUUUUUACUUUUUAUUUUUAUGAAAUACUCCAUUUCAUUACUAUAAAGUUUAAUUUUUAAUUUUCUUUGUUCCUUGCGUUACUGCGAGUACUAGUACUCCGA